CUCGCAUAAGUCGGAGCGUGAGAAGGACAAGGAGAAGGUGGUGAUCGAGGACGUCGUCGACGAAGUGGUACGCUACAGCGGGAAUUUCCAGGGCGGCAUGCUGAGCGGGAAGGGCGAUCUGACGUACGGAACGGGGGAUUGCUACUCGGGAAUGUUCAGCCAGAAUCUGCGGCACGGGCGCGGCGUGUACAAGUUCAAGAACGAGAGCAAGUACGAGGGGCAUUUCCGCAACGAUUGCAUCGAUGGGGUGGGGUGGAUGACCAUCUCGUCGAACGUGGAGGCGGGCGGGAACGUGAUCUUCAUGCCGGUGGUGCUGCCGCAGGGCGGAAUCAAAGAGGUGCACAAGACGGCAGGGUUCGAAGAGAACGGACAGUGA